UUUGAAAAAUCGAAGAACGGUCUUCGCAAAGGAGCUUUGUUAAGUCUAGCCAUCUCAACAUUUUUUGAACUUCUAAGUGUUCUGGUAUAUGCCUUUUAUUUUCCAAAAUUGUCUAUAGUUAAGUAUUACCGUUCAAAAGCAUCUUCAGAAGGAGCAACAACAGUUGCAGCAGAUCUUGCAGUUGCCGGAAUCCAGACAAACCAACAAGUUGAAUGUGAUCUUAAUGAACAAGAGCGGUUAGGAACUAAGAAGCUUUUUCUUCAAAACAUUGACCAUGCAUUUGCCUUAUUCCUUACAUAUGUCUUGACCCUAUCUAUUUUGCCUGGAUUUUUGUAUGAAGAUACUGGAUUGCAUAGGCUAGGAGAAUGGUACCCACUUGUUUUGAUCUCUGUGUACAACAUCACUGAUUUGAUUUCAUCCUACAUUCCCAUCUUCAAGUGCUUGAAGUGGGAAUCAAGAAAGGGAUUGCUAAUCACAUCUCUUUCUAGAUUCUUGUUGAUUCCAGCCUUUUACUUCACUGCUAGAUAUGGUGAUCAAGGAUGGAUGAUUCUUCUGGUAUCAUAUUUGGGAUUGUCCAAUGGAUAUCUCACUGUAUGCAUUUACACAUUGGUCCCUAAGGGGUACAAGGGUCCAGAGCAGAACACUUUGGGCAAUUUGCUUGCUCUAUGGAUGUUAAGCGGUAUACUUGUUGGCGUCUCUCUUGGUUGGCUAUGGACAGUUGGAAAAUCAGAAAAAUUCUGAUAAGAAUUUUAAGAAUAAAUCUUGAAUAUUUGUUGGUGUAUACAUUAUCUUAUUUUAUAGCUUCAUUUUGAUUCUAGAAUUUGUUGGUUUCUUAACGAUACUCUUACUAGUCAAGAUUGUUAUUUCCAUUAGUUUAUAGUAAAAAGAAGGUUAAAUUAUGCACACAUACAUUUAGGA